AUGUCUUCCUCGGAGUUGUCGAUGUCGACAAAAGUCGGCCAUGGACUCGCCAAGGUCCUUGGUAUCAAGCUUGAGAAGCCUGACUAUCCGGGCCCGGAUCCAGUCACGCGUGGAGAGUCGACCUUCUCCACGGCAAGCGGCGACACCUUCGUCGAGCAGGAGCCUCGCAGCGUAGAGUUCCUCUCGGAGUGUGUUCCAUCCGGCCGCCAGCUUCUCAGAUUCGUGGUCAAUCUGUUCCCGUUCCUUCGCUGGAUCACCAGAUACAAUAUCCAAUGGCUUUUGGGUGAUCUCGUUGCCGGUAUCACGGUCGGCGCAGUUGUCGUUCCCCAGGGCAUGGCGUACGCAAAACUUGCAGGAUUGCCUGUCCAAUAUGGCUUGUACUCGUCCUUUAUGGGUGUCUUGGUCUACUGGUUUUUUGCGACUUCAAAGGAUAUCACCAUCGGUCCUGUGGCCGUCGUGUCAACGCUCGUUGGCCAUAUCGUCGUCAGAGUCCGCGAGCAGAACCCGGAGCUGGAAGCCCACGCCGUUGCUUCUGCAUUUGGUGUGAUUUGCGGAGCUGUCGUCACAUUCAUCGGUCUCAUUAAAUGCGGCUGGAUUGUUGAUUUCAUUCCCUUGACCGCAAUCUCCGCCUUCAUGACUGGCUCGGCUCUUAGUAUUGCCUGGGGACAGGUUCCGGCCAUGAUGGGUAUCACUGAGUUCAACAAUCGAGACUCGACUUACAAGCUUAUCAUCAAUACGUUGAAGUACUUGGGCCAUACUCGGAUUGAUGCUGCCAUGGGGCUUUCGGCUUUAUUCGUUCUCUAUUUGGCCCGCUGGGGCUGCAACUAUUGCGCUCGGAAAUAUCCUGCUCGCGCCAAAGUGUGGUUCUUCCUUGCCACGCUUCGCACCGUUAUUGUGAUUCUGCUCUACACUGGGAUCAGUGCGGGUGUCAACCUUAGCCGCCGUGACAACCCCCGCUUUGCAAUCUUGGGAACUGUCCCUAGAGGAUUCCAAAGUGCUGCUAUUCCCAAGGUUAACAUGACGAUUCUCCAGACCUUUGUCGGAGACAUUCCUGCUGGUGUUAUUGUUCUCCUCCUUGAACAUAUCGCCAUCUCGAAGUCUUUUGGCCGAAUCAACAACUAUACCAUUGAUCCCUCUCAGGAACUCAUCGGUAUUGGUGUGACCAACCUUCUCGGACCAUUCCUUGGGGGCUAUCCUGCGACUGGUUCCUUCUCCAGAACUGCAAUUCAAUCCAAAGCUGGUGUGCGGACGCCUUUUGCCGGUGUUAUCACUGCUGCUGUUGUCUUACUUGCGAUUUACGCCCUCCCACCGCUGUUCUUCUACAUUCCUAGCUCGUCGCUCUCCGCUGUGAUCAUUCACGCCGUUGGUGAUUUGAUCACUCAUCCAAACACGGUUUAUCAAUUCUGGAGGGUUUCGCCACUGGAAGUUAUCAUCUUCUUCGCCGGUGUCUUUGUCAUGGUGUUCACAAACAUUGAGAAUGGAAUUUACACCACCGUGUGCAUGUCUUUGGCUAUCCUUCUCUUCCGCCUUGUCAAGGCCCAGGGACAGUUCCUUGGCCGUGUGAAGGUCCACACCGUCAUCGGGGACAAAUUUGGAAAUGAGAAGCAGGCAUGGGGAGCAGACGCAGGCCCAAAAAGCUCUGCCUUCAGAAACAUCUUCCUUCCGCUUGAUCAUGCUGACGGUUCCAACCCCGAUGUCGAUGUUGCACAGCCAUAUCCUGGUAUCUUCAUUUAUCGGUUCACCGAAGGGUUCAACUAUCCCAGCGCAAAUCACUACCUGGAUCACCUUGUGGCGACGAUUUACAAGCAGACGAGGAGGACAAACCCGAAUAGCUACGACAAACCUGGAGACAGGCCGUGGAAUAUGCCGGGGCCGCGCAGAGGCCAGUCGGAAGAGGACCGCUCCCACCUCCCAACCCUCAAGGCUGUAAUCCUUGAUUUCUCCGCCGUCAACCACGUCGAUGUCACUUCAACGCAAAAUCUCAUCGACGUCCGGAACCAGCUUGAUGUCUACGCCGCACCCCAAACCGUCCACUGGCAUUUCGCACAUGUGAACAACCGAUGGGCGAAACGAGCACUCGCCUCUGCCGGAUUUGGUUACCCCAGUCCGCCCGCCGACGCGGGUGCUUCUCGAUUGAAGCCAAUCUUCAGCGUUGCCAACCUCGAAAACACCACCCCCGGCAGCGCAUACGCGGAUUUCUUGGAUCAAGAGCGCGGAACAGCCAGCAGGACCGACAUCGAAGCGCCUGCUGUCGACAGUGCUAGCUCCACAAUCCGCCGGGCCGAUGGUGUUAAUGGCGGCGACACGAGCAGCUCUGUGUCUGUCGUGGAGAAGGAAAUGGUUACAACUACUGAGUAUGUGAAGUCCAGGAUGACGGUUGUGCAAGGAUUGAAUCGACCGUUAUUCCACGUGGACUUGACCAGUGCGUUGCAGAGUGCGAUCGCCAAUGCUGGUAACUGA